ACCCAUAAUAAGGGAAACCCUAGAAAAACCCUUGGCCUCUCGUCUUCCAUCUCAUCUCUCUGCUCCAGGAACCACAAGUGGAGGCUUUCUCAGCCAGACGCAUCACUCCAUCCAUGGCUAAAAAGAAGCCCUCUCGCCAAGACAAGCCCCCCCAAACUGAUAACCAACCCCUUUCCUCCAUGGACGACGAUGCUUCCAAGAAGCUUGAAACUUUGAAGGCGCUCAAUAACAGGCUUAUCAAGGACGCUGCUGACCGCCGCCAACUGGUGGACUCGCUCGUUCGCUCGAAAGAGUCUCUGGAGUCGGCAUUGUCUCUGUCGGAAUCGGAGAAGGGGAGAUUGCAGGCCGAGUUUACCCAGCUGCACGACCUUACGGCGCAGCUGGAGUUGGAGAGGGAUUUGGUUUCUUUGUUUGUUGCUGAGCAUGUUAGUCAACAGGCGAAGGUGAUUCAAAAGGAGAGAGAUGAGUUUUGGACGGCGAAAAUGGAGAUUGAAGGUAACUUUAGGAGUCUGGAGAGUGAAAUGAAAGGGGUUCUGAGGGAGAAAAGCGAGACUGAAAAGAUUAGGAGAGAGAAAGAGUCUGUUAUUGAGUUGCUGGAACAAAAGGUGAGCGCACUUUUUAUUGAGAUUGGCAAUGAAAGAGAGGGCUCCGAUCAGCUGCGUCAAGAGAGGGAUGUCCUGUGUGCUGGAAUUAGGGCUCAGGUUGAGGAGUCCAAUGAGUUGAGGGUCAAACUCGUUGAAGCAGAUAAGAGAGGGAAAGAGAUUGAAGAAGAGCUUCAAAAACUGAAGAUGGGAUACAGUGGUUUAGUGGAGGAAAAGGGAGAAAGCGAAAAAAGUAUGGAAUACUUGACAAGGGAGAAGGAUUCUAUUGCGAGAAGCUUAGUGGAUUCCAACAGGGUGAUUGAAACAUUGAAGAUAGAGAUUGAGGGAUUGGGGAGAGAGAAGGAGGGGAUUGAGAAGGAAAGAAAUGUUGCGGUGAUGGAAAAGAACGAGUUGGAAAGUAUGCUGGCGGUGCAAAAUGAUAAGUUGAAGGGUUUGCUAGAGGAGGAGCGGAUGUUGCACUUGAAAGUUGUGGAUUUGGAAAAGAGGUGUGUUGAAGGUGUAGAGAAGGAAAAGAAGCUGGGCAUGGAGAUUGAUGCUUUGUUGGAAAAGAAUAAGGAUCAAGAAACGAGCUUUGGGAUCUUGGUUGAAGAGAACAGUGUGGUUAAGAGAGAGUUGGAUGAGGCCCUGAAGGAACUGGAGGUACAGAAGCAGAAAAUGAAUGAGACAGUCAGAAAGAAAACUGAAAUCGAAGAGGUGAAAGCCCGACGCGAAGGUGAAAUUGUUCAAAUUCAGAGGGAGUUGAAUAUAGCUAAGUAUGAGAAAUUAUGUUUGGAAGAUCAUUGCAGGGAGCAAACCGAGAAAAAUGGGAUGCUGCAAUUUGAAAUGAUCAAGUAUAAAGAUGAAACCAAUCAAGUUACUGUUGAGAGAGAUGAGGCCAGAAGGGGAUUUGAUGUGGAGAAGAAGAAUUCUAAAAUUUUGAGGGAGAAAAUUUUGGCCUUGGAGAAGAACAUCGAAGAAAACAAUAAGGCGAUAGCAUCGUUGAAGGCUGAAAUUCAAAAUGAAUUUGAAGUCAAGAAAGGGUUAGAAGGCCGGGGCGUGCUGUUGGCAAAUGAAAUUGCCACAUUGGAGAAUCGGCUGUCUUUGGCGAGAAAGGAAGCCGAUGAAAUGCAGGCUAAUAUGGAACUAGCAGAUACUAACUUGGAGUUCUUGCUGAACAUGUUGAGGAAAACGACUGCAUUGAUGGUUCGUCUAUCUGGAGACCAGAAUGGUGUUAAGGAAGACAAUGUAUCUACACAGAAGGUUGGAGAAUUGGUUAAACCAUAUGUGGCAGAGUUGGAAGCAAUCAAGAAGGCUUUCAAGAACAAACAGGCUAAGGUUGAAGAUAUGAAGCGGCAACUUGAGCUUCUGCAUGGCUCGGUAGCGGAAGCGCGCAAGGGAAAGAACUUCUGGACCUUGGUGUCCUCGGUUUUGACAGUUUUUGCUGCAGCUUCUGUUGCAUAUGUUGCUCGGGCGCGUUAAGUAUCUAACUAGUAAUUCUUGGAGUAACUACAAGUUUUUUUUUUCCAGGAAACAAGAUGGUGCCCAAAUGCACAUCUUUCGUAGCUUUGUUCUGCGCAAGAGGGCACUGCUUAGUUGUUGAAAUCACUGCUCACAGGAAGUUUUUUUUUCUUUUUCUGACUUGGUUUCAAUGUAAGGAGCAAUACAAAGUUCCCCAGCUUCCUCUUGUGUUGUAAUAAGAGAUUUCCUGUUAAUCUUGUGGUUU